AGCGUGACGUCAUCGCGUACAGCGGGACGUCUCGGAGAAGAUAAACAAAAAGGAAGGAAGCCUUCGGCCGCACAAUCGCGGCAAAAUCGGUUCAAAAGUCGAGGUCGCCAGCCGCAGUUAGCGACUUAAUGUCCCCUUCAACCGCGUAGCUCGCUCCCCACCGGCGCACACCACCAUGGACGAAUCGAUAAUAUUCCGUAUGAGCGCGUUCUCCGAGCAGGGAGGGAGGAAAUACAUGGAGGAUGUUGUCGAGAUAAAAAUCGAGUACGAGCCGACGGCGGCGGCGGCGCCAGCGGAGGAUCAUCCCAAGUCGCAGCGGCAGCAUGAUGGAGGACAGCGGGGCGGUGCUGGGGGCGAAGCCGCCGGACACACGGACACCGAAGCGCGGGAUGAACGUGACGUCGCCGCCGAAUCUGGUCCCGCUUCUGCGAUGUGGGUGGAGAGUGUGUCGAAGGAGGACAGCGGCGAUAACAACAGCGGCGGCGGAGAAGCGCCGGAGCCGGCCGGGAAAGAUGCGGAGCGCGUCGUGGACACGCGCAGGUCCGUGGCGUUCUUCGCCGUGUUCGACGGCCACGGGGGCCGGGAAGCCGCGCACUUCGCCCGGGACAAUCUGUGGGAGCUGCUGAAGAGGCAGCGCGGCUUCUGGUCGAAGGAUCACGGCGAGGUGUGCGCCGCUCUCCGCAAGGGCUUCGUCGCCUGUCACCACGCCAUGUGGAAGGAGCUGCCGGAGUGGCCGAAGACCAUCACUGGUCUGCCCAGUACAUCGGGCACCACAGCCAGCGUGAUCGUGAUCCGCGGGGUUCACAUGUACGUCGCUCAUGUCGGGGAUUCAGCGGUCGUGGUCGGAGUGAAAGAGAACGAGUCCGACAUCACGCUCCAGGCACUUGAAGUAACACAAGACCACAAACCUGAACUCCCGAAGGAAAAGGAGAGGAUUGAACGACUGGGUGGCAGUGUCAUGAAGAAAUCUGGGGUGAACCGUGUGGUGUGGAAGAGGCCUAGACUGACCCAUAACGGCCCUGUGAGGAGGAGCACAGUCAUCGACCAGAUCCCCUUCCUGGCUGUGGCCCGAUCCCUUGGUGAUCUCUGGAGCUAUGAUUUCUACAGUGGGGAGUUUGUGGUGUCACCAGAGCCUGAUACCACCGUGAUGACCCUUGACCCCAAACUGCAUCGCUACAUCAUCCUUGGCAGUGAUGGGCUAUGGAAUAUGAUGCCACCCAAGAAUGCUGUGAAUAUGUGUUAUAGCCAUGACAAAAUGGUGGGGCCAAAGGGAAUGUCUUGUGCCCGCCGGCUUGGAUGCACAGCCCUACUGUUCUGGAAAGAACGCAUGCUCCGUGCAGACAACACAACAGUCAUCGUCCUGGCCCUGCAGGAGCCCGGCGGACCGCCUAUCCCUAUGCAUCGAGAUGAGAUCGUUGUUAACAUGGCCACUGGAAUGGACCACGUUCCGUACCCGGGAACCCCUUAUAACACAUGUGAGGUCCCAAAGAGUGAAGCAGGGACCACUCCCUCCCGUUUCAGAGCGAGUUGCACAGCUCUGGAGCAGGCACUGGGGCUGUACGAAGCAGCCUUCAGUGCCACCGCGCAGCUCUUACCUGACGACGACUCUAUUGGGGCCACACUGUCCUCGUCGCACGGCUCGGGGAAGGUUUACGAAAAGCAAGACUCGACUACCCAAAUGGACUGCGGCGCCUCGGCUCCGCCAUUGAAACGGUCUCGCCGUUCGCUGCACACACCCCCCGAACUUGACGGCCGGCCGCCCGACAACGUUUUGCCCCAGAAUACGCCUUGUAGCAAAGCACCAAGUGAACAAUCCCGUGAAACACACGCUCCGAAAGGAGAGAGAAGCUCCUCGGAGGAACUCGCUCUCCUGUCACAGCACCACAAUGCUGCCUUGUGUGUGUGCUGAAUCUUGUCCUUCACCCCCCCACCCCCGGGACUAGAAAGAUAAACGGCAUCAUGUCAACUUUGCUUACGUACCAGUUGUGCUGCAGGCCUGUUCCUAGAUGUAUACUUUUAUACAAAAGUCUUUUGUUUUUUUUGUAAAUAUUUGAGAAAUUUGAAAUUGUUCAUGUGUUGAUGUUAUUCCUCCUUCCCUCUUCUUCCAGUCCCCCUCUUAAAAUGUAAGUGUUCGGUACUUUAAAACUUGAAAUUUUAGAUUUGUUCAAUCGACACAAUCUAUUUUCAUACUUAUAAGUAUGUACAGUAUAUCCAGAAUAUGUAUUUUGAAGAAGACGGAUCACUACAAUCUGACGUAACUUCAGUUGGUUCACCUGAAUUGUGACGCAUGCGUUCUUCCAUUCAAGAUUUGUAUUAUUACUACAAAUUAAGCGUUUUGUAUUGUUUUGACUCGUUGGCUGCUGUAACAUGUCACUCUUUAUAGGGUUAAUACCUCAGACCAGUGUUUUGUUUUUUGGAACUUUCCUGCAUCUACUGUUAAUGGUUAGUUUUCACCUUCUGUUGUUCCGUAGGUAAAAGUGUAGGGUGCAAAGUAAUGGAACCGAAUUGACAAAAAAUGGUCUUAGGAAAUAAUGCGGGUAUCGAUUUUAUUUUUAUUUUUUAAACUUUUUUUUUAUUUGAUUUUUUUAUCGGUGACUUAUUAUGCACUGUUAUGAUCUUAACUGUUACUCAGCUAUUGGUGAAUCUUAUGGAUAGCGCGUGAGGAGAAGUUAAAGGGUCGGUUCACCUAAAAAACAGAAAAAACUAUAUAUAUGAUGUCUCAAUUCAAGAGCUGCACUCUUCGGAGGAAGGAAGCGGUCUUCAGGGGCUGAG